GAAUUCAAGAUUACCAUAGACUUUAUUUGAACAUAAUACAUAAAUAUAUUGAUAUUUUUUCUCGGAUGCUCGGGCUUGAAUACACUAAUGGCAUACUUUCAAUUUGUAAAUUAAUUUUUUGCCUCUCAUUCUCUUUUUAGUCCAUAAAGUACAUAGCGUAAAAUGUUUUCAAUGAUCGGUUCACAUUUAGCACACCUAAUAACUGAACACAAUACUUAAAAUAAUGUCUAAAAAAUAUUAAACAAAAUUGAAUUGAACUUAAUAAUACAUAAAUAAAUUUUAUAUGCAAUCUUUUUCCUUCCAAACCUUAUAAUAUUGGUCAAAAUUGUGCCAUUAAUGCUGAGAAUUUUUUUUUUUUUGAGAAUAUUUACAUUUUCCGUUGAUCGGAAAACAUAAACAAACAAUCUUGCUCUCUUGAUAAAAAGAAAAUGUACAAAUGAGUAUGCUUUUUUUGCUUUCAUUAUGGAUUAUUGGAAGAAAAACUCAUGCUAGUAGUAUUUGGAACUUGAAUAUGUUCAGUUAUAGCGCGCGUUUAUUAAAGUUUAAAAAGGAAAGCACCAAACAACGAAAGCAUAAAGAAAGAAAAUAUUGUGUAGUAGUACAAGCCGCCUAAGAAAUUUUAUUUUUAGACUUUAUAAUAUAACACAAGAAAAGAAACCAAAAAUUCGUAUCGUACUGAAAAAAUACAUUAAAAUGAAAUAUAGAUAAUUAAGUUUUGAGUUUAAUAUAAAUAAAAUAAUAUGGAGAUUAUAGUGAAACCCUAAUUAAUGUAUUAGAAAAAAUUACCAAUAAAUUAUAAAAAUUAUAUAAUAUCGAACUAAACAUGUCAAAAUCUCAAAGAAAUUCACAUCAUCCAAGUAGAGCAGGCUCUUCAGGGUCUUCGUCAUCGCCUAGUAAUUUACCACGCAAACGUUUUAAACGAUGCUGUCGCAAUUUUGUCACCUUUAUGUGCACACAAGUGGGUGUGGGAGCUCUAAUUGUUAUAUACGCCAUAUGUGGUGCUUUUUCCUUUAUGCAUAUAGAACUGCAAUAUGAAGACAAUACACCAAUGGAAGUAGAAGAACUGCGCAGCAAUUGUGCCCAAGAAUUAUGGAAUAUAACAGAAAAAUACAACACUUUCAAUAGAUCAGAGUGGCAAGGUUUCACUGAAAUUGCUUUACAGCAGUAUCAAGUACGUAUAGCGGCAAUAAUUAAAUCUGGGUAUGAUUUUCGUAAGCCCAGUGAUAUUUGGUCAUUUCCGGCGGCCUUAAUGUUUUGCCUCUCUGUCAUCACAAUGAUUGGUUAUGGUAAUAUGGUGCCAAGAACUCCAUGGGGAAAAGGUUUCACUGUAAUUUAUGCCACAUUUGGCAUACCUCUUUACAUACUGUAUUUUCUCAAUAUGGGCAAAGUAUUGGCUAGAUCAUUCAAGUUUCUAUAUCGCAGUCUACAUGAAUGCACGCAGGAUCGUGACAGCAAUAUGGAUCGCCGUUUAGAGGCCUUAGAAACUGGCAGUUUGGCUAUACUACAACGCAAAAAGAUUAUUGUACCCUCCACAGCAUGUUUGUGGGUGAUUAUUUUCUAUAUACUCACCGGCACCAUAAUGUUUGCUAAUUGGGAAAAGUGGUCAUUCCUUAAUUCAUUCUAUUUUUGUAUGACUUCUCUGUGUAAAAUUGGUUUUGGUGACUUUGUGCCGGGUGCUUCGCUGGUAACGCCCUCCCAUAUAGCGGAGGCACGUAAAAAAGUGAAGGAGGAUGCUACCAUAGAUCCAAAUCUUGUAUCAGACUUACAGCAAUCCAUAACAGAUCAACACUCCAAAUUGGCUAUUAAUUUCAUAUACAUGUUGAUAGGCAUGGGCCUGGUAGCCAUGUGUUAUAAUUUAAUGCGUGAGGAAGUGCGUGUUAAACUUAAGGAAAUGAAAGAGGAUACAAAAUUAUGUUUAGAAGACACUCGACUACGCUUUAUGGGCUGCUGUAAUAGUGGUGCCAAUGGUCAACGUGACUUCUAUGAAGAUGAUUACUAUUAGAAAAAUAACGUUUAAAUACUGAUAAAUUAAGACCAAUAAAAUGUAAAGCCAGAUA